AUGGCUCUUCCGCCAAAAGUCUACCAGUUCCUAGUGGGCGUUUUCGCAUCACUUGGUUCGUUCCUCUUUGGCUAUGACCUCGGCGUCAUCGCGUCCGUCGUCGCGUCCGACACUUUCAAGGAGGCCUUUAACCCAAACGAUGACGAGAUCGGCCUUGUUGUCUCAAUGUUCACCACGGGCGCAUUCUUUGGGGCUUUCGGAGGAGGUCCCACUGGCGACUUCCUUGGGCGACGCUGGACCAUCACCAUCGGGGCGAUCAUCUUCACACUCGGCGGCGCACUGCAGACUGGAGGACAGAAUCUCCAUUUCCUGUGGGCUGGCCGCUUCCUGGCUGGUCUCGGUGUCGGCUUCUUGGUCAUGAUUGUGCCGUUGUACCAGGCCGAGCUUGCUCACCCGUCGAUUCGUGGACGCAUCACAGCGUUGCAACAAUUCAUGCUUGGAGUGGGUGCGUUGACGGCCUCCUGGGUCUCAUGGGCAACUUAUGUCUACAUCAAGACCAAUUCCGGCCAGUGGCGCAUUCCUUUGGCUAUCCAGAUCAUUCCUGCGAUUAUCUUGGGAGCUCUAAUCUUCAUGUUCCCCGAAAGUCCUCGAUGGCUACUCGAUCAUGGCAAAGAGAAUGAGGCGCUGCAUACUCUCGCUCGCCUACAUGCGCACGGCGACACCAACGACCCGUGGGUCCGGGCAGAGUUCGAGCAGAUUUCGGCAUCGAUCGCUCACGAGCACGCUCAUGAAGCCAAGUCCUAUGUUGAGCUUUUCAAGUCACGAUCUGCCUUCCGCCGACUAUUUCUCUGCUGCUCGAUUCAGGCUUCAGUGCAGAUGACUGGUGUCAGUGCCAUUCAGUACUACUCGCCCAUCAUCUUCGCCAAUAUGGGCAUUGCGACCGACGACACACUCAAAUAUCAGGGCAUCAGCAGCAUCAUUGCUCUUGUGGCCCAGUUCACUACGAUUCUCUUCAUUGACCGGACGGGCCGUAGGUGGCCGCUCAUCCUGGGCAACCUAGGCAACUGUCUUACAUUCAUCAUUGCGACGAUCAUGCUGGCUGUCUUCCCUCCCGGUACGACCAGCAACCGUGGAGCUCAAUGGGGGUUCAUCGUGGUCACUUGGCUGUGGAACUUCUCUUUCUCGUGCACCUGCGGGCCACUUUCUUGGAUCAUCCUAGCUGAAGUAUUCGAUACUCGAACAAGAAGCAAAGGCGUCUCAAUCGCAACGAUGACGAGCUUCGCCUUCAACACCAUGAUCGGCCAAGUAACCCCGAUUGCGAUGACCAAUAUCGGGUGGCGGUUUUACAUCCUCUUCUGCGUCUGCAACUUCACCAAUGCUGUGUUCUUUUGGAUCGUCUUGCCAGAGACCGCCCGCCGUCCGCUCGAGGAGAUGAACUACCUUUUCGAGCACGCUCCGUGGGUUGUCAUUGGGGUCAGCAAGGAGUCAUACAUCGAAGGCGACCUCGAACGUCGCCUCGAAGCUGUCACUGCGGAGAAGGGACUUGCUAGUACCACUGAGCAUGUUAGAUGA